AUGCAUCCCGCUCUGCAGUUGAACGAUAUCAUCUACGUGAUCUUCCGUCACCUAAAUGGCUCCUCUUUGAGUUAUCAUGAUGAACCGGGACUCGGAGGAAAUCUCGGGCAGAUGACUCUUGCGAGGACAUGCCGAGUAUUCCACGAACCCGCCUUGGAUGUGUUGUGGAGAGAUCUAUACUUUCCGCCUUGCUUGAUACAGUGCUUGUCGGAUUCAGGCACUGGCGCUAUCCACUACAUAAAUCGUACAAUCACCUUGACCGCUAGAGAUUGGGAGGUUCUACAGAAAUAUGUUCCGCGAGUUCUGUCUUUGACAUUCAAUCCAGAGUUAACCUUUUGUCGCUACCUCUUGAAAGCUCUUCGACAGCCGCCCGUUGCUCAACCGCCCCUCCCAAACUUGCGGCGUCUUCAAUGUUACAGUCACUGGGCACCCGAAGACUAUCCCCUCCUCGACGUUUUCUUUGUGCCAUCCCUGACCGAUCUUGCUAUCCAGGUUUCUUAUUUUCACAUCCCUGAUUUUUCGUUCAUCUCACCUCUUCCCAUUUUAUGCCCUCAUUUAUCAUCUUUCCGUCUUUUCGGGUACGGGUCGCACGAAUCCAUCAAGGCCAUCGUGUCAAAUGUGGUUAUGAGCCUCCCUCAUCUUCAAACGCUUCAUUGCGACCAACUCAGCCAAGCGGCGAUCACUUUCGUUGCAUGGCACCCAUCGUUAACCAAACUAGACAUCAGUAUCCCGAAUGGCCAUUCGUACGACUUUUCAGAGUUUCCGCAUCCUACUCUCCCUCGAAUACCACCUUUUUCCCGGAUCAAGAGCUUUGGGAUCGAUUCCUUUCGUCUAAGUGUUAUCACUGCAUUUAUUCAGGUGGUCCAACCCUCGCCUUCUCAUCUGCGUAUUACGAUGAAGCAAGGGUCGUCACCUGAAGGAUUGCUGGAGUUAUUCAAUGCCUUGUCAAAUCAACAAAGACAAGAAUCUAUUCAAAGUCUUCGAGUGCAGUCAUACAAGUCCCAUGAACCUCGCCCAGCAUCUAUUGAUAUAGAUACCAUCAGGCCUCUGCUUUGCUUCUCCAAGCUACGAGAGCUCCAUCUGUUGAUGGCCAACUCCUUUCGUUUAUCAGACGAGGAGCUCACUGCUAUGGGUGCAUCUUGGCCUUGCCUUGAAGUCAUCAACCUCAAUGACAGCUAUGCACAGGCGGCCCCAUCCAACAUCACUCUACACGGCCUCAUCUUACUAGUGAACAAGUGCCCUCUUCUGAGGAGCGCUCACCUAGCGAUCAACGCCAACGUGUUGAAGGGAAUAGAUGAGUAUCCUGCAUCGAAGGUUGGCGAAAACGAUCUCUAUAAUCUCGUACUCGCGGACACAACUGUUCAAAAUCCUAGAGUUUUUGCUCUCAUCGUCUCUCUAGCUUUCCCGAAGGUGAAGGAGAUAACUGUGGGUAUGCGGCUUCCUUUCCAUUAUGGGCGUCAUUGGGACAAGGUGAAUGAGCACCUCAAGGCGUUUAGAUUAUGCCCAGAGGCAAUCGUUGAUAUGUAG